AUGUCCAUCGAAGACGAGAAUCUGAUCUCGCACGUGCAGCGUGUCCUGAGCUCCGCCAACCGACCAGAAUUGUGCAAGUCGGUGUUGCCUACCUUGCUCCGCUGCAUCAGUGAAGUUGGCGAGAAGCUGCGAUCUUCCCAGCAAGUCGCCGCGGUUGGAAGCUCGAAUGCGUUUGGCGACGAACAGCUCAAUGUGGACGUCCUGGCCGAAAAGAUCAUAGGAGCGGGAAUCUCGAAGUGUUCUUCCAUCAUCACGGCCAGCAGCGAAGAAGACCCUAUAGAACGAUCAUCGGGAGAAGGAGCCUCGGAGGCAAAGAGCACAGGCACUGAGAGAUAUGCUCUUGCCUUCGACCCACUCGAUGGAAGUUCAAUCAUUGCGCCAAGCUGGACUGUAGGGACAAUCAUAGGCAUUUGGGACGGCGAUUCAGCGCUGGGUGGUGUACCUGCGGAGAAGCAGAUCGCAUCUCUACUUGGAGUCUAUGGGCCUCGCACUACUGCUUUCGUUGCUAUCAGAGUCCCAGGUAUUACUCCUACCUGCUUCGAAGUUGGCCUCGACCAGAAGGACGGUCUGUCCACUUGCACCAUCGUUCAACCGAGGGUCGAGAUGCCCACAGGCCCCUUCAAGACUCGCUACUUCGCACCAGCAAACUUGCGGGCUGCUGCAGAUGAUGAGAAGUACUUCCAGCUAGUGACGCACUACAUGCGCAGCAAAUAUACCCUUCGAUACAGCGGUGGACUUGUACCAGAUGUUGUCCAUGCACUGGUGAAAGGCCACGGAAUCUAUGUGUCACCGGUGACCGCUACCAGCAAGGCAAAGCUACGCCGUCUCUACGAACUCACCCCAAUCGCGCUCAUCAUGGAGUGUGUGGGUGCGAGUGCGGUCGAUCCAACAAGUGGCGAGGAUAUCUUGAGCAAACCGAUCGAAGACUGUGACGAGAGAGGUGGAUUGAUUUGUGGUACGACAGAGGAAGUGGCUUUCGCCAAGCAGUUAUUGGGGCUGUCAUGA